AUAAACCCAAAGCCACUGUGUAUAUUUACAGCAAAUUUAUUUUCUAUUUUUUUAUGUGUGUAGUUUUUGUUGUCAGGUACGGACACGCUGCUCGGUCGCUAUGGUAACAGCGGCGCGCAACGCAGGAGGGCGGAUACAUUUUAAAGAAAAAUCUUGAGUGGCUCGUCUUCUCCGUAGACGAUCUUUGACUGUAGGUAGUCGGCAAAGUUGGCAGGCGUGAAUCACCGGGAGCGAGCAUUUCUUUGGAGCACCGGCCAGAGAGGCAGAGCCGAGCCCAGCUACCUUUGCUUGUCAAGUACCGAAGUAGUUCAGACGGCGGACAGACGACAGGAAAGUUCACGGGAAUUUACCUCCCCCAUUCCAACCGAAGCGGAGUGUUUUUCCUCUCCUCCUGAAGGACUGGAUCGCAGCAGAAGAGAGGCCUUGCCCAGGAAGUCAUGCUGGUAAAUAUCCUCCUGUAGCAGUGAGCUGCCUGGUGGACAGUCAGAGUCAUCAUGGCGGACCUGCCCAUUGCCCCGGGCGAGGUGUACAUCGAGGUGGAGUAUGACUACGAGUACAAGGCCAAGGACCGCCUCAUUACCAUCCGCCAGGGCGAAUGCUACAUGCUGGUUAAGAAAACCAACGAAGACUGGUGGCAGGUGAGGAAGGAGGAGGGGACCAAAGCCUUCUACGUUCCAGCGCAGUAUGUCCGAGAAGUUCGCAAAGCCCUCAUGCCGCCGCCUAAACCCAUCCAACACCCUGCCGCAACUGGAGGCAGCACACACCCACAGCCUGGAGGCACCCUCUGGGUGAAACCUAGCACUCUGGAGCUGGACCGCCCCAGCGAAAACCUCAACAGACACGAGUCAAGCUAUCGACGCUCGCCAACCUCGCCCUCCGCCUCCUCCGGACAGGCCAGCCCUCCCAGCCAUCGCAGGGAUGCCAACCACCACCACCACAUCCCCGGCAGCCCCAGCGACCACGACCGAGCGCUGGCCGAGAUCCUCGUCCACGGUGGCAGCCAGAAGAGUGGGUGUAACACGCUGCCCCGCACCCGUGCCCGAUCUCCGGAGCUGGUCAGGGCGCCCCUGGAUGUGGACAGCACCCAGCACUGUGACUCGGCCGGGGAGAGUUUGGAGAGACGCACCAACGACUCCGAGUCAGGAGAUGAGCUGAGCAGCAGCUCCACUGAACAUCUCCAGACGGUCUCUCCGUCGGGCCAGGGCCGCUCCGAGUCGCCCGUCUACACCAACCUCCAGGAGCUGAAGAUCUCCCAGUCCAACCUGCCCCCGCUGCCCUCGGGCUCCCCGCUUCACAUUCUGGGCGACUGGGAGACCUACAAGGACCAGAAUGGCAGGCACUACUACUUCAACCGCUCCAGCCAGGAGAGGACCUGGAAGCCGCCGCGCGCCCGGGACACCAGCAGCGGCAGCUCCCGUGGAGAGAGCCACAGCACCGGAGAGAGCUCCGAGACCACUCCCCUCUCGCUUUCGCCGUCCUUCUUCCCCUUCCUCUCGCUCUCCAUCGGCCGCUUCCAGCCUCUGUCGUCGGAGGACACCUGCCUCAGUACCUACUCUAGCCAAUCAGACAGCCAGUAUGGCUCGCCGCCGCGUGGUUGGUCGGAGGAGAUGGACGAGUACGGCCACACGCUGUACGUCAGCGACUAUACUAACGAGAAGUGGAUAAAGCAUGUUGACGACCACGGCAGGCCUUACUACUACAGCGCAGACGGCUCCAGGUCAGAAUGGGAGCUGCCCAAGUACAACCACUCCCCUCCGCAGACAUCUGGAGACGCUCCCAAGAGCCACAGUCUGGACAGAAAACACGUGGAGCCCAUCGUUCUGACCAAGUGGAGACACAGCACCUACGCUCUGGAGCCCAAUGACAAGGACGCUCCUCAGGGCCCCAAGCCCUCCUCUCCCGACUCUGACUCCUGCCCUUCGUCUCCCAAGCCCCCCGCCUCCCCCUCUGAAAAGUGCGGCGUUCUGAAUGUGACAAAGAUCACCGAGCAUGGCAAGAAAGUACGGAAGAACUGGACGUCUUCCUGGACCGUCCUCCAAGGAUCCUCCCUGCUGUUUGCCAAAGGCCAGGGAGGUGGGACCAGCUGGUUUGGAGGCGGCCAGUCGAAGCCUGAGUUCAGCGUGGAUCUGAGGGGAGGCUCGGUGGAGUGGGCGUCCAAGGACAAGUCCAGCAAGAAGCACGUCAUAGAGCUGAAGACUCGGCAGGGCACCGAGCUGCUGAUCCAGUCGGAGAACGACAGCCUGAUCAACGACUGGUACCGAGCGCUGCAGGACACCAUCAGCACACAUGCCUGGGAGUCUGAUGAAGCGAUAGAGGAGGACAUGCCUGAGUCGCCCGGCUUCGAGAAACAAGACAAGGAGAAGGAACACAGAGACUCCAAGAAGGGCAGAGCCAUGAAGAGCUCCACCAGCAUGGACGCCUCCGACAACAAGAAGACCCGACACAAGCUGAAGAAGUUCCUGACCCGCCGCCCGACGCUGCAGGCCGUCAGAGACAAGGGCUACAUCAAAGACCAGGUGUUUGGCUGCAGCCUGGCCAGUUUGUGCCACAGGGAGAACAGCACCGUGCCCAGCUUCGUCAGGAUGUGUAUCGAGCAUGUGGAGAACAACGGUCUGUGUGUGGACGGGCUCUACAGGGUCAGUGGAAACCUGGCUGUCAUACAGAAACUUCGCUUCGCCGUCAAUCACGAUGAGAAGGUGAACCUGGCGGACGGGAAGUGGGAGGACAUCCAUGUGACGACCGGAGCUCUAAAAAUGUACUUCAGAGAGCUGCCCGAGCCGCUCUUCACCUUCGCCCUCUUCCACGACUUUGUCAGCGGCAUCAAGAUUCCAGACAACAGGCAGCGAGUCCAGACCAUCAAAGAGCUGGUCAAGCAGCUGCCCAAGCCGAACCACGACACCAUGCAGGUCCUCUUCAAGCACCUGAGGAAGGUGAUCGACUACGGCGAGGAGAACCGCAUGACCACCCAGAGCGUGGCCAUCGUGUUCGGCCCCACCCUGCUGCGGCCCGAGACGGAGACCUGGAAUAUGGCGGUCCACAUGGUCUACCAGAACCAGAUCGUGGAGCUCAUACUGCUGGAGUACGAGAGCAUCUUCGGCAGGUAGACGGAGACACCGCAGGACGAGCCAUUUAUGUUGUUUUUUUUUACCCUCUCCCAACGCAGAGCUCUUCCUAACCCAGCAUGGCCCUGCCCGAAUCAGCCUGGCCUCGGCCCGGCCCGGUGCAGCUUCUCUUUCAUCUCCACCCGACUUGCGGUCACUGGCUUCUCCAAUCUCGCAAAACCUCCAGACCAAAGCAGACGAACCAAAAGGUAGACGUAUCAGUGACCAAAAAGUUUAGACUCUUUGCACUUGUCCUUUCUCCGCGACUGCAUUCGUGACACUUUACUGCACAGGCGAUGUCCCCUCCUGUCCUUACACUGGAUUCCUCCGGGCAGAACAAGCCUCUAAGUACUGGACCGAGACCAAAGGAGCUACUGGGAGAUUUCUACCGGGAGAACGAACUGGAUCAAAUGAGCUGGUUUUAACUUGAGCCUCAGUAUUGGAGAAGGUAGAGUUUAAUGAUGCUGGCUGCACCGUGUGUAUACUGUACCGUGUCACCACGUCACCUGUAGAGACAGAGGACCCUCCUGUGUGUAAAACCUGCUUCGUCUGCUCUGCUGAACCUGCAGAAGAGGCCUGACUGCUGUCGCUUUCCCGAUCUGCGGUUCACAGAGCGAACGCUGUAAAUAAAGCCUCUCAGCCUCGUGAUGUUUAGACCUUAAAGAAAGAGGUGGAACAGACAGAAAUCUCUUAUCCAGGAACUAAACCUUGUCGAAGAGCAUCAUGUUUCCCUCUUUUUCUACUCAUCUUAUUCCCUCUCUCUCUCUCCUCUGCUUCCUCUCCUCUUAUUAAAAGACUCUCUACAGCUCUCAGACUCUUCUCUCUCUCUCUCUCUCUCUCUCCUCCUGAAAGACUGAAAGCAGCCCGGGGUCCUCUGCACACAUCCGAGGUUUUAGCGCUACUCUCCGUAUCACAUCUGUAUUCGGUGCACCGCCUCAUCCAUCUGGCUUUUAGAACAAAUCAUCAGGCAGCGGUCACGACAUCAACUUGAAAAGCAGCGGUACUUAGCCGUGUGUUUCCGUGGUUAGUGGAUAGUAAAUAACAAGGCAGAACAGACUUUGAAAAUGUACGUUCUCUUGAUAAAUUUGUACAGAAUUGAUGUGUGUUUUGGGAGUGGAUGGGGUGUGGAUGGAUGGAUGGAUGGAUGGAUGGAUGAAUGGAUAAAACGUCAGUAUAUUGUAUAAAUAGUAAAUAUGAGUAUGUAUGCCUGGAGUGUUAAAAAUACGGGGAGCAAUCACUAAUGUAUGAUGAUUCUGUAACCAACAGAUUGAAUAAAGUUGUGAACUGGGGGUUUGGAGCUUUACCUUGAGUGAAUGUCACUUUCCAAAGUAAAAGUACCUGCUGUUGGCUUCGUCAAACUGGAAUAAAGACCUCCAAUGAGAGAUUCCAAAGAAA